UCAUAUCAUCGUUACAAAAAGGACUGUUAAAACAAUUAAUAAUUUUGUUACUAAUGGAAAAUUCCACAAUUUUAUAUUUACAGCUCCAUCUGGUAUCUAUUGUUUAGGAAUUAUUCGUUACUAAAUUGUCAUAAGACUCCAUCUUGUACUUGCAAAGAUCUCCUUAAGCGUAAUGCACGUAAUUUUUCAAGAAUUUUAGAUAUCAUUUUGGAGAAACCUGUGGGAAAGAGUACAAAAGUACAGCAUUUUUAUUCAGGGAUGGGUAUACGCGAUCAGGAAAAUGAAAAAUUAUAUUUUCUUUGAUGUUAAUGAUGGAUCAACCAAUGAAAUGCUCCAGGUUGUUAUACCUAAAUCUUCUAAGCCAAUUGAUUUAACUUAUGGUAGUAGUAUUAAUGCAGAAGGUAUAUUGACUUUAACACCUAAUGGUAGAUUGGAAUUACAAGUAAAUGAGACACACGUUAUUGGUACAUGUGAUGUUACUAAAGGAUAUCCAUUACAACCAAAGAAACCUUAUGAUGCAGAAUAUUUAAGACAAUAUUUACACUUAAGGCCAAGAGCACAGAAGUUCAGUAGUUUAUUACGAUUACGUGAUAUAGCUACUGCAAAUAUUAAUAAUCAUUUUAGAAGUAGAAAUUUUAUACAUAUUCACACGCCAAUAAUAACUUCCAAUGAUUGUGAAGGUGCAGGUGAAGUUUUUAUUGUAAGGCCUGAUUGCAAAGUUCUUGAGAGUAUGAAGAAAGAUGGUAUGUCAUUAGAUGAAAUUUAUUUCAAUUCUAAAGUAUAUUUAACUGUAUCUGGACAAUUACAGUUAGAAGUUCUUGCAAGGACUCUUUCAAAAGUAUAUACUUUUGGACCUACAUUUAGAGCUGAAAAUUCAAAGUCAAGAUUGCAUUUAUCAGAAUUUUAUAUGGUAGAAGCUGAAAAAGCAUUUGUUUCAAAUAUUGAAGAAAUAGCAGAAGAAGUUGAACUUUUAGUGAAAACUGUAACUAAAGAUAUGCUUGAUCAUAAUCCCCUUGAUUUCCAUCAUAUAGGUGCCACUGAACCACAGUGGUUAAAUAGCAAAUUUGGAUACAUGACUUAUGAUGAAGCAAUAAAUAUUUUAAAUGAUCAUGCAGUUGAAUUACAGCAUCCUAUCAAAUAUGGAGAUGUGUUAUCCAAGAAACAUGAACUUUUUUUAGUAAAAUAUAAUAAUAAUGUUCCUCUUUUUGUUAUAAACUGGCCAAAAGAGGAUAAACCUUUUUAUAUGAAAGAAUGUUCAAAUGAUUCUUCUAAGGUUGCAGGACUGGAUCUUUUAGUACCAAUUGUUGGAGAAUUAGUUGGAGGAAGCAUUCGCGAAGAUAAUUAUGAAAAGUUGAAGUUAAAAUUACCUUCUAAUCAUAAUUUAUCAUGGUAUUUAGAAUUACGUAAAUACGGCAAUGUAUCUACUGGUGGUUUUGGGAUGGGUUUUGAAAGAUUUCUGCAAUGUGUCUUGGGAAUAACAAAUAUUAAGGAUACAAUUCCUUUUCCAAGAUGGCCACAUAAUUGCAGUUUAUGAAUAAAAGUUGCAGGAUUGUUGUUGGUUUACUUCUCACAUAAUAGGACUGCUUUCCAUAUAAGUGGAAAGCAAUUUUAGAUGCAAGAAUUAUAAGUAAAACAAAAAUGAUAAAAAUACUUUAAUGGAUGAAAACGAAUAAUCGUAUUAACGGACAACAUUCAAUGAUGCAUUACAAAAAUGAUAAUUUUACAUAAUUUUUUUAUUAUCAAUAAUUUUAUACAAAAUCUUUAUUUAUUUUAGGUUCUCUCGUAAAUCAUUACCAUAUUAGUUUUUUUUUUCUUUUUUUUUUUUUUUCUUCAAACAUCGUUAGUAAAAUUUGUCGAUAAUACUCAAUUUCUUUUGCAAUAUAUGAUAUAACAAGUUUGAAAUAAGUAUUUCUAAACAGAAAAAAAUCUAGGAUGGAAAAUGUGAUGAGAUUUAACAAGUCAUCUUUAUUUUUAAAAAAUUCUUUAUUGAAUAUUGAGAUAGAUUUUCAACUAAGUUAGACUAAUUUUUUAGCAUUUUUUUUUUUUUUAUUUCUCCAAGUACUCCUAGAUAUGGCUAAAAAUCCAAAUCACUAAUUAAUUACGCUGCAACUGUUAUCAUUAUAAAGGAUAUUAUAGAGGUUACUAUAGGAUAAUAAGUAACGAAAGAGGAAGUCAAAACCCGAAUAAUCAACAAGUCUUCUUUUAUACAACAAAAUAAUGACUCUAGUACUAAUUUUUGUGUCUUACCUAAUCUCAUCGUGAUCAUAUCAUUGUUGAAAGUAUGUACAAUGCAACAGACAAUCACAUAUCACACAAUUUGUACAUUUUUAACAAUUGAUUCGGGCAAAUUCGAUUCUUUAUAAAUAAUCCUGUUAGGUGCAAUGAUUUUUGUGUAUAGUUCCACGAAGCACCUCUUAAACGAACAGUAAUUUUAUAAAUUAACCUAUGCAGAAUUAGUAGUUUACAAAGUACAAACGGUACGAAAUUCUCAAUAAGUCUUGUGCAGACCAUCGUAAAUCUUCAUGACAUUUCUAACUUUGUUGACAUGUCACGAAUUGUGAUUGCACUCAAUACUAUUAGGAAUGCUACAUCACCUUAUUACUUCACUUCAAUCAUUUCACUUGCAUCAUACACAUGCAACUUUUCUUUCACACUACAUAUAACGGCAAAUAUUCAUACAUACAUUCACACUUGCACAUAUUACAAAGUAUUCUUAACUCUUACGACGUGAUGUUUUUUACUUCGUAGUCGACAGUGAUAAAUGAAAUAUUAUCGUGUAUCAUGAUACACGUAUUAAAAUUUUUACCUAAAAUUUUGAAAUGAAGGAAAAAAAAAAAGAAAAAUAUAUAAAUAACAAUGUCAAGGUAUGGCUAUUAUUGUACGCACGAUAUCAAAAUAUUUAAAUAAACAUUUCACAUCAUGUCGUACGAGCCGCACAAAAGGUGAUAUACAAUAUACGAACUUAAUGUAAAAAGGUGUUAUGAAUAAAUCAAACUCCUUCGCGAACACAUACUUCACACAAACCACUAGGGUGUCCACAGAUUCGCGUAAAAUAUUUUACAGUUACUAUUUACAUUAUUGAACAGAGUCCAGAUAAUUCUUGUCCCUUUUCUACGGGAGGUAAGGUAGAUAAUUUUCUACCUAGCAAAGUGGGUUUGAUAGAAGCAGGCACUAAAGGCUCUGUAUGUUCUUCAAUUUGUGGCUCUACAAUUUGUUUCUCCUUUGGUUCUUCAGGUUCCUUGCUAGUAUUCAAGGGCUUCGUAAUAUUAAUUUUAAUACGGGAUGGGGCUGUUGGUAAUGUCGCUGGGGUAGAAUCCAAUUCCACAUUUCCAUCAAUAGAACUUUUCACAGCUGCAUAUGUUGUAUCUACUGUUGCGUGCUCACUUACUAUACUCUCUUCUGGAUCUAGUAAAACAAUCUCGUUAAAGACUCGAUAAAAAUAAUAAAUACAAAUUUCAUUAAAAAAAAAACUAAUGUUUUUAGCUAAAGUACCAUUUUUAGAAACAAUCAAGUACAAUCUAUAUACAAAUUUAAAUCCUAUUUUUUUUUAUGUAUGGUAAAUGAAUUGAUAAUCCUUUCGAUAUUAAAUAAUACGUACCUGGCUCAGGUUCUGUAGGUUCUUCUUUAAUAUCUACAUUAGUAAAGUCAAAUUGUUCUUCUAUUUGUUCCUCGAUUUCAUCUAAAGGUUCUUCUUUGAUUUUUAUAUUUUCGAACGAAUUACUUUCGACUACUUCACUUUGAGAUUUUUCUUCGUCCGUUCGUAAAUGUAUAUCUAUUUUUUCUAAUUCUUCUAUGUUUAAUUUGUCAUUGUCUGUAUUUUCGAUCUUUUCAUCUUCUAUUUUUUCAUCUUGCUGUUGAUUUUCUAUAUUUUCUAAACUCAGGUGAUCUUCUGAAUCUUCAAUUUCAGGAGUUUUUUGUUCUUCUGUAAGCACUAUAUCCUCUCGUUCAGCAAUCGAUUGUUCAACAAUGUCACUUUCUACUUUUGAAUCUUGAAUUUUAAUUUCUUCUACAAUAGAUUCUUCUAUACCACUUUUCUUUUCAUCUUCCAUUUCUCCGAUCGUUUCCUCAAGUGCCAAAGCAGUUUUUUCCAGAGCUCUCUAAAGUUAUGAAACAAUAAGAAGUGGUUUAUUAUAUGAAUUAUUAAGUAUACCCUUUAAUUAGAAAAGUCCAGAGUAAAAACAUAAAAUUUAUAUAUAAUACUUAUAUAAAUUUUAAUAUAUAAUAAAAAUAUCCUGUAAUAUAUAUAAGAAGUGUAGUGCUUUACCUUUGAUCUAAAAAGUACCUGCAUUUAUUAUAUACAUCACAUGUAUACCAUAUAUAUAAUAAUUAAACGAUAAUAGUUUUUAUUGCUGUUAAAAGAUGGACAUAUAUAUUUACAGGCUUAAUUAAAAGUUAAAAAAUAAGUAAAAAUAUAAUAACUUUAAUCGAUUAUAAAAUAUAACAAUAAGAUAUACGAAAGUAAAGAAUUUAAAAAAAUCACGUUCAUUACAGAAACAUAGUAAACAGAAAAAAAAUGUUUGAUAUAUACUGUUCUAUAUUUUCAUCUAUAUUUUCGGCAGUGCAUUUUGUAUCAAAUAAAAGUGUUCUGCACUUCAUAUAUGCAUAAAGUGAACACGAAGUGGGAAACGUAAAGAAAAGAAAAGAUGCUUUUUACUAUCACAAGUUUAGGCGUACAAAUUGUUCAUUCUAGUUCUACGAAUGUUUAAACACUUGAGGAAGUGCAAUAUAUGAAUAUUAAUUAAGAAGCACAUACCACAAGACUUUUUUCCUAUUUUCGUACGAAUGCAACAAACAGAAAAUUUAUUAAUAAAAUUACAUCAAUAUAAUCAUCGUCUUCAGACACGUAAAACUGAAAAUUAUAAUAUAUAGAAUAAUGCAAAUAGAAAAAGAGAAAUUUACCUUAUAAUCUUCAAGACAUAGUGGAUGGAAGUUUUUCCCUUCAUAACUAAUUGCUGGCCUUAAAUGCCAUUCUUCCUUUUCCUCAUUGUAAAAUUGUUCAAAAGCAUCAUGACACACUUGACAUCUCGAAUCUUCAUCAGAGCCAGUAGGAACACUUGGUUGUUGUGUUUCUUGUGGCGUAUCCUCAGUGGCAAUACCUUCUAUUUCAGCUGUUUGUUUUUCUGUUUCAAACCAACUUUGAGCUAAAAGUGAGAUAAAAAUUAAUUGAUUAAAUUAAUGCCAAGGCCGCGUGUCAAUUAAAU